AUGGGUUCUGUCGGUACCGACGAAUAUUAUGACCAAGAUGUUGGAGUUUUUGAGUUAAGACUGAGAGAUAUGACUUCAUUGGAGUCAGAAAAAGAGAAGAAAACUGCCCAGGAGGCAUUGGUUACGGAGAAAGAACCCUCUCCUAAGGAGAAAGAGGCAUCGAGUAAGGAGAAAGAGCUCUCGCCUAAAGAGGUUAAGCUUUCUUCCAUGGACGUAGAAGUAGGAAGACAUGUCCCCGAAGAAGAUGCUAAAGAAAAUGAUAGUGACGAUGAUGCUGGUAGUGACGAUGAGAACACGGAAGAAGAGGAUGACGCCGAUGGUGAUGAGGGUGAGGCAACCGAAGAAGAUUCUGAAGAGGAUGACGCCGAUGGCGACGAGGUCAAUCAACCUCCACCAGAAGGUUCCAUGACUCAGGAGAAAGAGUCUGUUGCUGACUCCUCUGAUACAUAG